CUCGUUCCUUCACAGUGAAAAAUAGUUGCAGGUUCUACGGGAAAUUUUUCUAUGAAGCGUGUCGUAAAGUUCCAGUUGAAGAUUGUAAAAUUACAAUAUACAUCGGCUUGGAAUUCAUCGACGAGCAAUAUUGGGUUGUCAUAGACUUCCGACGUAUGCGGUAAAUAUUAAUCACAAACUAUAUAGUAAAUUUGCGAGGAUAUUUUUUACUUUGUUGCAAGUUCUUUGUGCGCCUAUACCCAUCGGUAUAGCUAUCGGAUCUGGACUUUCUCUUUGCCUCCCGGCCUGCAAGUUUUUUUGGAACCUCGUUGUGUCAUUGUUUAAAAUCAUGCUACCGACUUUAGUUUGCUGCUGUUGUCGCUGGCACGCCAGCCGGCCACCAGCCGGCCACGCAAGGGUGUUCACCACGGCCGCACACUCAGAUACAAACGAGCCUCUUUCUAGUGCGGCACAAUUGCUAGAGUUCCAGAGAGCCAACAUGUUAGUCAUUGUCCUGGUCCUAGGGCUCAUGUUGAGCCGGGAGGGCAUCGACGGCAAAGUUAUCAAGUCUUUGAUUGGUCCUUACAUUUCAUACGGGGAACGCUUUUACAUGUGUCCACCUGACAACGGCUCGCUUCCCUGGACAUGGCAUCUGCAUGCUACCCACUUCAACCCAUAUAAACCAAAAGAGUUGCAACGCCUGACAGGCAAUGUGACUUUUAGAAGUUUCCCUUUAGAUGACAAUACCUGGGUAAGACAUUGCUAAUAGAAGUGUAAGCCAUACGAAUUCUUACUAGUGAAUUUGAAAGUGGCUACCACGCAUCUGCUAAUCCAAGUGUAGAACAAGUCGACAGUUAACUGCGAGAAUCAUGAGUUCUACCCUUCAAACUGCAAUUUUAUGACCAUGAACGUGCCAUGGUGCCAUCUUCGCCUUUAAAUUCUCUUUAAAACUAGCCUAAUACAUGUGCGGUUGCGAUUUACAUUCAUACAGGUAUGCAAUAAGAAAUGAAUUUAUAGAAGUCUAUGAAAAGUAAGCACACCUAGGCUCGUUUUAAAGAGAAUAAAGACGAAGAAGAUGGCACCCUCAAAAAUAAAAUUUUUGUUUGUAACCGUCGACUUGUCCUACACUUGGAUUAGCAGAGUAUAUGUCGUACGCAGAUGAGUUGACAGCAAUCCUAUGUCAACACUCAUUUGUGUUCACGAAUGGGAUCUGCCAUAAAGUACCUUUCGCUUGUUUUUCACCCCAAAACACCCCCUACCGCAUAUCCGUUUCUUUAUUAGAUGAUAAUUAUUAUUUUUAGCCCGCCCUUCUGCUUUGAAAAAGCUAUCCAGCGGGCUUAUGCAAACGACCUCGUGUCUGUCUGUCUGUCUGUCUGUCUGUCUGUCUGUCUGUCUGUCUGUGUGUCUGUCUGUU